AUGCCCAAGCAAUUAUGCCAUCUAACAUAUAUUAAAAUUUUGGAUUUCUCUGUGAACAACAUCUCUGGAAGCAUACCCAAAUGCCUCAACAAUUUGACUACUUUGGCUCAAAAAGGAAAUCCAAGUCUAUCCAGCACACAUAUUUAUGGCGGAAGUAUAGUCAAUGAGUCAAUUUCUCCUACUGAUUAUGACAAUGAUGCAAGCUUCAUGUGGAAAGGAAGAAUGCAGACAUACAAAAGCACUUUGGGACUUGUGAAGAGAAUUGAUCUCUCAAGCAAUAGAUUAACAGGGAAGAUUCCAAGUGAAAUCACUCAUCUUGUUGGGUUGAUUUCUUUAAAUCUUUCGAGAAACCAGUUAACAGGUCAAAUAACUCCAGAGAUCGGAAACUUGGAGUUAUUGGAUUCACUUGAUUUAUCAAGAAACCAGAUAGAUGGAAGAAUUCCGACAAGCCUUGCUCGGAUAGAUCGUCUUGGUUUCUUAGACCUGUCAUAUAACAACUUGUCUGGCAAAAUACCCACAGGCACUCAGCUCCAAAGCUUCGAUCCCCUUGAUUAUGCUGAAAAUCCUCUACUCUGUGGACCUCCACUUAAAAAGAUGUGUGCUGAUGAAAAUGAGCCAACGAGAAAUGAAGAGGGUAAGGAUGAGUUUAUGACACUGGGAUUUUACAUCAGUAUGGGGAUUGGGUUUGCUGCUGGAUUUUGGGGAGUUUGCGGCACUUUGAUAUUCAACAAGUCAUGGAGAUACGCAUACUUCAAGUUCUUGAAUGAUUUAAAUUAUUGGCUUUAUGUGAGGACAGCUUUGAUCAAGCGGCAACUAAAGCUAGCACAUGCUUAA